CUCCACCAUCAUCACACGAAGGCAGUCACUUCGGACGUUUCGAUCAAGGACGGCGGCGCACAUGACACAGCCUGGUGUCGGCAAAUGGACCCGCGACGAGCACAUGCGGUACCUCCAGGCCAUCAAAUUGUACCCGCAAGGGCCGUGGCAGUCGGUGGCCAACUUUGUGGGCACACGGUCAGCGCGACAGACUCAGACACAUGCGCAAAAGUACCGCGAAAAGGUGUCUCGGCGAAAACGAGGGUUGCUGCGGAAGCGUGCCAUGUCGGACGACUGGAUGGCGGAGAAUCUCUCGCCUGGAGAGGACAAGACCGGAGCAGCAGCAUCAUCGUCUGCGAUGUCGUUCAGCGGAGCCAAGUUUUAUCCUCAUAGUCAAAUGAAGGCGUUGCCAGCGCUGAGUGCCUUGUCGGACCAACCGCCGCUUCAACACAUGAAGUCGUACUAUGACUCGCAGCAGCAUCCAUCGUCUACCCACGCGUCAUUUCCACACCACUCGCGACUGCCCGUCCUCGAGCCGCUCCAUCCUCCAGGAGGGUACGCUACUGCGGACAAGGCGUUCCCUGGGAGCUUCCAGUCGUCGACGGGGUACGCACCUUCGACCAGCUACCACCACCACCACCAUCAUCAUCAUCAACAGCCGCCGCCACCCCCACAGAAUUAUCCGAGCUACACGUCGCAGUCGUUCAAGCAAGAGUACAAGCAAGAGUACUUGCACACGCCUUCGUCAUACGCGACCUCGUCGGCUUUGUUUCCCCCGUCAAGUAUGCACGAUUACCACGUAGGCCAUCGAGGAGGCCCGCCGCCGCCACUCGAUGAUUUGAUGCAGUUGUUUGUCGACGGCGAGUUCAUGGCGCAACAUCGCUAACGACUAGUAGUACUACGACGUAUAGUAUAACUAACGCACAGCAAUGUUUACAACGUCGUCGUCUC